GACAAGAUCACGGACGAGAGCGGCGAAGUCUUCAUUGCAAAAGCUCGGGUGGCCAUUGUCGACCACGUGAAGAACAACAUGGCCACCUCCCGCGUCAAGCGUCAGAAGAUCUGCAACAACGCCGACGACUUGAACGCUGCGGUGGAGGAUAACCUGAAGUCUAUGGAUCGAUUCUGGCGUACUUUGAAGCUCUCGCGCCCCAUCUCGAUGACGGCCAUUCCGUUUGAAGCGAAGCAGGUGGACACCAUCGGCUCUAACACCUCCGAGUCCAUCACGAACGCCCUCAGCAAAGCGGUCAUGCAGCAAACCGUUCAACAAGAUAUGAUGCAGCAACAGAUACGGCAAGCUCAGGAGGAGGCCGACAUGAUGGAGGAGGUGGCCGAUGACAUGCAGAAGAUUGCCCAGGCGCAGCAGGAGCAGAGUGAGCAGGCCAGGCAAUCACCCAGUGCCCAGAGGACUGCUUACACGACCCUCAAGACGUGCCUGAUCGAGAAGUCGGCGAAGUUGAACUCCAGCAUCGCGAGGUUGCGGAACGACUUCGCGCAGCCCGAGAUGGACCUGUCCGCCAUGGAGGGAGAAGACGCGACGACGACCAAAGAGGCCGCGGGGCCCAUCAAGCUUUCUUGGGGCCAACUCGUGUUUCUACCGAGCCAGGAUAACGCCAAGUUCGAGGCGAAUGCCAAGGAUGCCUUCAACACCUACACUGAGAAUGUGAGAGUGUGGAAGGAGACUUAUCAACUCGACAAGCUUGCCCCCAAUGGUUCCGUCGUCGGUGACUUGGCGAACCUCUUGCAGCCCGCCCUGGAUGACUUCCAACGGUUUUUCUCGAAGGAGGGUCACGCGAAGCCGUUCCGUCUCAGGAUGGCUGAGUGGAGGGCCUUCGCAAAAGGGGUUGAAAAGAAGAACAAGGCGUUGGAGAAGGCCCAAGCAAAGUCGAGCGCGGCCCGCAGUAGGCUCAACGCUGGGGCGGAGCAGGGGGGCGACGAGAGCUACGCGCCAGUGAUCGAGUCCCUCAUGCCCGACGUGCUCGACGGCCACUCACUUGACGGACUGAACGUCAGCGACAAGGUGGCCGACUUCAACCAGACCAAGGCGGUGAAGUUCAAGGUCGAUAACCUCGGCGUGAUAGCAAACACUGGCAAUUACCAGACGCAGGUCAAGUGGGCCAAGGCUACCAUGAGCAACGAUGGCCUCGAUUCGAUGGCCACCGAGAUCUCCAACAAGAAGCUCAACGACGUCGUGGAUAAGAUGUUCGCAGGCAUGGGCUCGCGCAUCAAGCCUGCUUCGAACUUCCUCAUCACGUUCCCCCCAGAGCAUGCGGAGCUGAAGAAGGCGAUCGUUGAUUAUCAAGUAUGUGUUUACGACGGGGGCUACAGUGCAGUGAAGGUGGCGGCGUUCUGUCUCCCAGAGGUGAUUUGCUGCGUCUCUGGAGCCAUCCACCUGGUCGGGUUGAGCCUGGACGCCGUCGACGGAGACACGGUGGCGAAGAAGCUCGAGGCAGUCAACAACUACGACAAGCGCACCGCGAUGAAGAUCGCUGCUAAUCGGGGCUUCGCUUUAACGGUCGAGCAGGGCACAGUCGCAGCCAUUCCAGAGGGCCUUUUGGUUUGCACCUUCGUCGCUGAGGACUCCGACGGUUGCGAUAUGGUGCGCUACAGCUUCAUGCGUCGGGACGACUACGAGGCCUGCCACGUCGCUCUGACGGGAAUGCUGCAGUCCUUCGACUACUUGGCCAGCACCGACUACAAGAUGGUGAAGAACCUGAUGGAGGGCAGCCUGGCG